AGCAAAUGUUACUCGGUCACUUUUGGGCCCCUAUAAAUAGAUGCUUAAAAAAAGCAGUAGACCCAAAUUAACUGUAUAGUUGUGUGUUCAUGUGAUUAAAAAGAGCAACCGGAAGUUUGACUUGACAGGAAGUUGUCGGUAGUGUUUGUUGCUACUGGGUACUGUUGUGUUGUGAAAAUGGCGAUGCCUCGUCGCUCCCCUCAGCUUCUCUCUUCCCCACCCAGAGUUUCUUCGCUUCCCGUCACCACGUCAGGCUCCCCCCCGUCUCCGUCCGACGAUGCCGCGCUUCUCCCUCGCGAAGCCGUCGCGGACGGUGAGGUUUCCCCGGCUUCUCCUCCGACCACCAACAGCACCCCAGCUUUGGCCCUUAGCAGCAGCGCUAGCAGCAGCGCUAGCUCCCCGACCACCACCGAGGGGAGCGGGACGAGUGCAGCAUCGACGCCCGACACGGGUGAUGAUAACGCGGGCAGCAGCAGCGGCUGUGCCCUCGGUGGUCCGAACGGAGCGUUCAGGGAGUUGUUCGAAGCCUGUCGUAAUGGAGAUGUUGUGAGGGUGAAAAAGCUGGUGGACACGACGAAUGUGAACGCUAAAGAUAUGGCCGGACGAAAAUCCUCACCUUUACACUUUGCUGCAGGUUUUGGGCGUAAAGAUGUGGUUGAGCAUCUACUUCAGACUGGCGCCAACGUACACGCCAGGGAUGACGGCGGCUUGAUACCGCUACACAAUGCAUGCUCCUUUGGCCACUCGGAGGUGGUGUCGUUGCUGCUGUGUCAGGGUGCCGAGCCAAAUGCUAGAGACAACUGGAAUUAUACACCUUUACACGAGGCGGCAAUCAAGGGCAAGAUAGACGUCUGCAUAGUCUUACUGCAGCAUGGAGCUGACCCCAACAUCCGCAACACCGACGGAAAGUCUGCCUUGGACCUGGCUGAACCUUCCGCCAAGGCCGUGCUCACAGGUGAAUACAAGAAGGAUGAGCUGCUGGAGGCAGCGAGGAGUGGGAACGAGGAGAAGCUAAUGGCUCUGCUUACACCACUUAACGUCAACUGCCACGCGAGUGACGGCCGCAAGUCGACUCCUCUCCACCUGGCAGCAGGCUACAACAGGGUGAGGAUAGUUCAGCUGUUACUACAGCAUGGAGCAGACGUUCACGCCAAGGACAAGGGUGGUCUGGUGCCACUACAUAAUGCUUGCUCCUAUGGACACUAUGAAGUUACAGAGCUGCUGCUAAAGCACGGUGCCUGUGUGAACGCUAUGGACUUGUGGCAAUUCACCCCGCUGCACGAGGCGGCAUCCAAAAACCGCAUAGAGGUUUGCUCCCUUCUGCUGAGCCAUGGUGCCGACCCUACCCUGCUCAACUGCCACAGCAAGAGCUCCUUGGACAUGGCGCCAACUCCUGAGCUCAAGGAGAGGCUCUCAUAUGAGUUUAAGGGCCAUUCACUGCUUCAAGCCGCUCGGGAAGCUGACAUGGCCAAGGCCAAGAGGAGCCUGGCGCUGGAGAUCAUCAACUUCAAACACCCUCACACACACGAGACAGCGCUACAUUGUGCAGUAGCAUCGCCACACCCCAAGAGGAAACAAGUGACAGAAUUGUUACUGAGAAAGGGGGCCAAUGUCAAUGAAAAGAAUAAAGAUUUCAUGACACCUCUCCAUGUGGCAGCAGAAAGAGCUCAUAAUGACAUUAUGGAGGUGCUACAGAAACAUGGCGCGAAGGUGAAUGCUCUGGACACACUGGGUCAGACGGCAUUGCACCGUGCCGCGCUGGCAGGCCAUUUGCAGACCUGCCGGCUGUUGCUAGGAUACGGGGCAGACGCCUCACUGGUGUCGCUGCAGGGCUUCACCGCUGCUCAGAUGGGAAAUGAGGCCGUUCAGCAGAUACUCAAUGAAAAUGUCCCUGUCAGAAACUCAGAUGUGGACUACAGACUUCUAGAAGCUGCAAAAGCGGGGGACUUGGACACUGUCAAGUCACUGUGCACAGCUCAGAACGUGAACUGCAGAGAUCUGGAAGGACGACACUCUACCCCUCUUCACUUUGCUGCUGGCUACAACAGAGUGCAGGUUGUGGAGUACCUGCUGCACCACGGCGCCGACGUGCAUGCCAAGGACAAAGGCGGUCUAGUUCCUCUCCAUAACGCUUGCUCAUACGGUCACUAUGAGGUGGCCGAACUUCUGGUCAGGCAUGGCGCCUCGGUCAACGUGGCCGACCUGUGGAAGUUCUCACCGCUGCACGAAGCUGCUGCCAAGGGCAAAUAUGAAAUCUGCAAACUGCUGCUUAAGCACGGCGCAGACCCCAGCAAAAAGAAUAGAGAUGGAAACACUCCCCUGGAUCUGGUGAAGGACGGUGACACGGACAUCCAGGACCUCUUGAGAGGAGAUGCUGCCUUGUUGGAUGCGGCCAAGAAGGGCUGCUUGGCCAGAGUGCAGAAGUUAUGCAGCCCGGACAACAUCAACUGUCGGGACACGCAGGGACGAAACUCCACCCCUCUGCACCUCGCAGCUGGCUACAACAACCUGGAGGUGGCAGAGUAUCUCUUAGAACACGGAGCGGACGUGAAUGCACAGGACAAAGGAGGUCUGAUACCUUUGCACAAUGCUGCUUCAUAUGGGCAUGUGGACAUAGCUGCUCUUCUUAUCAAGUACAACACAUGCGUGAAUGCCACCGACAAAUGGGCAUUUACGCCGCUCCACGAGGCGGCGCAGAAAGGGCGGACGCAGCUCUGCGCUCUCCUUUUGGCUCAUGGAGCCGACCCUACCAUGAAGAACCAGGAGGGACAGACACCGCUGGACUUGGCAACAGCCGAUGACAUCAGAGCAUUGCUGAUAGAUGCCAUGCCACCAGAUGCCCUGCCCAGCUGUCUGAAACCACAGGCCACUGUGGUGAGUGCCAGUGUGGUGACAGGUGGCGCCACAGGGGGCGUGGUCAUCUCUCCAUCACCAUCGCCGUCUUCUUGCCUGUCAGCCGCGAGCAGUAUCGAUAAUUUGAGCACGCCCCUCGGGGACAUCACGGUGGGCGGAGCCACUGGGACGGCAGAUGGAGCGUCUGGCUCGGACAGGAAGGAAGGAGAGACGCUACUGGACAUGACCAUCAACCAUUUCUUAAAGAGUCUGGGACUGGAACACCUCCGAGACAUCUUGCAGAGAGAACAGAUAUCGUUGGAUGUGCUGGCAGACAUGGGCCACGAGGAGCUCAAGGAGAUCGGGAUCAACGCCUACGGGCACAGACACAAACUCAUUAAGGGCAUCGAACGGCUCCUGGGAGGUCAGCAAGGUGCCAAUCCAUACCUGACGUUCCACUGCUCCAGCCAGGGCACGGUGCUAAUCGACCUGGCCCCUGACGACAAGGAGUUCCAGUCGGUGGAGGAAGAACUCCAGAGCACCAUCAGAGAGCACCGUGACGGCGGCAAUGCCGGCGGCGUCUUCAGCCAGUACAACAUCAUCAAGAUUCAGAAGGUGGUGAACAAGAAGUUACGGGAGAGAUACUCGCACAGACAGAAGGAGAUUGUUGAUGAAAAUCACAAUCACCACAACGAGCGCAUGCUCUUUCAUGGUUCUCCCUUCAUCAACGCCAUCAUCCACAAGGGCUUCGACGAGCGCCACGCCUACAUCGGCGGUAUGUUCGGCGCCGGCAUCUACUUUGCAGAGAACUCCUCCAAAAGCAACCAGUACGUUUACGGGAUAGGCGGAGGCACGGGUUGCCCCACCCACAAAGAUCGCUCUUGCUACGUGUGUCACCGGCAGAUGUUGUUCUGCAGAGUGACGCUGGGUAAGUCCUUUCUUCAGUUUAGCGCCAUGAAGAUGGCCCACGCGCCCCCCGGACAUCACUCGGUGAUCGGCCGGCCUAGUGUCAAUGGACUGGCUUAUGCGGAGUACGUCAUCUACAGAGGAGAACAGGCUUACCCAGAAUACUUGAUCACGUAUCAGAUCGUCAAACCAGAGACCGCGGCAACGGCCGCCGCCCCGGCUGAGCAGAAGUCCUAACACGUGCUCGGGUCGCAGCUCGGAUCCGGAAGGUCGAGACGUCUCUCGUAAGAACCCUCACCGAGCGAAUGGUCUUUUUUUGGCAGUUGUGGCCCAAGUGAGUGUGGCGGACCGGGACGCUGACGACACGAGGCGACAUUUUUCUAAAGGGCUGAGUCCGAAGGGGCCAUUUGACUUUUACUCGUUUUUUGAGCAGAGGGUAAAAGCUUCUUAUAUGAAUCAUGACUCUUCAGAUGAAUGUCAGACCAGACUACAAGGGACCAAGACUUGAAACCCCAAAACAAACACAAGGACCACAACGCAGUGCUGCUGCUGACCUGCCACUCACUCUGGACCUGACAUGUCCACGUGUAGAUCAAGAACACAGAGAGGGACAAAAUGGGCAUUGAUGUGUUCACAGUUAGAAACUUGGAACUGGCAGCACUGGUGCCAGAACAUUUGCUGCCUCCUUACAUCAGCAGUUGGUCCCUGGCGCCGUUUUUAAGCACCAUUUUACAGCAGGAAACUAAAAAACGAUCUAGGCUUGGCGUGAGACAAAGCGGGCCCUCAUAGGCUGCAGUCAUCCCCUGCAGAUUGCAAACUGAGUCCUGCCACCAAUUGAGAACUAACAAACACCCCAAAUUGACAAGUUUUGACCAUGAGUAAUACUUCAUUUCGCCACUUCAGUAAUACGUCAUUUCAACAUGCAGUGGUGCCUUCAGAUAUCAGUUGAGUAAAAGUAGUACUUUAUGAUGGACCGUAAUUUCUCGUGUAUAAUGCGAACCGAUGUUUAAUACGCACCCCACAGUUGACCUCAUUACUCUGGAAAACACUUUAACCUAUGUGUAAUGCCUUUAUACAGUACAUGAUUUUUAGUUUUUUCAAAGAAUUCUUUUGAAGUGAAGCACUUUAAUACCUACAGUAACGAACUAGUACAGGGAGUCCUCGGUGUACGACUGAGAUCCGUUCCUACAGUAGCGACUUAACUCGAAUUGCGACUUGAGUCGGAUUCCACUAAUAAAGUCAGAAUUUACAUCACAAUACCAACAAAUAAUAAACAAGAUGAUUUACUUAGCAUUAGUGCUGAGAGGUGGAUGGAGAAGAAGAAGGGGCGGCUGUGCUUAGCUAUUCCGAAGGAACCUGGUCUUCAACCCUCUCCAUCUCAACAAGUACCAAAGAACCUUGUUUUGUGAUCAUUGUAUCCGACAGAGGAACGGAAGCCUUCACAUGCGCUGAAAUACGGCUUUGUGUUUAAUAAUUGUCACUAUGGUCGACCGACUGAAGCCUUGGUCGUGUUGGUGUCUCUCCUUUCUCCAAUCUUUUUAUGAUCUUGAGAUUCGUUUCCGUGGUAAUGGAUUUUCUUUUGGCUGCAGAAGCAUUGCUAAAAGACGCAACUUUCUUCUUUGAGGCGAUGAUGUCUAAAAAGGAGGGCAAAAAAUGCGAAGACACUCCCGGCGUACAAACACGGACAAGCAUUAGCCAGACAAAAUGGUUGACGGGGGACGGGUGUUGUAAAGUUGAAACGUCUUAGAUCGAGAAUGUUUUAACCCGAGGACUCCCUGUACUUAUUUUUAUUUACUUGCUCUUCUUUUAUCAUAAACACUUCUUAAGUGGAGUCAGUUGUAUAUCAAGGCACCAUUGCAGUACUACCUUCCUAUUUAGCCAGGGCAUUGGUGCCAUAUUCUGUCAUGUAAGAAUUGGGACCCCCUCAAAAAAAAUGCCGUGACUUUUACGCAAAAUAGCACAGGAUCGGUUCCACAUAAUAAAAAGCAAAUGGGCGAGUUUGUGAAUUGCGAAGCGUAAAUGUGCAGGGGAAGGACGACGUCGCCUCGAAAGUUUUGUUACAUGAGGUCGUGACUCCGUUCCAAAAGCUCCUCGUUUCUUUGUCGUCACUUGUGAGCGCUCGACUAGGUUGUUGUUUACAAGUGCUUCCUCACGGCACAUUUCACACUCUGCUUCCUUUCUCUAACCUCAUUGUGAGUUUCACAGAGGUUAUUGCACAUCCUUGUGCUCAACACUACACCACACAAGUAUAGUGGGGCUAUUUUUUUUUUAUUCCAUUUUUUUUCCACAAUGGUCUAUGGAAAGCCACGAGAGCAUUCAAUAUUUCUUUUAUAUCCAGCUGAAGUAUCCCAACACUGGCACAAGUAUUGCAACUCCCGGCCUACGGAGCGCACCUGGUUAAAAGCCUCACCGAGUACAUUUGUAAAGGAAAUACCAUUUGGUACAUACAUACGCCGCAGCUGUGUAAAAGCCGCAAAUGCCCACAUUGAAACACGAGAUAUUUACAAAGAAAGACGGUACACAGAGAGUUUAUUGCUAGCGCGCUGGUAACGCUAGCGCUAAUGCUAACAGGGCAGGUUAAAAUACAACUUACCGGUAAAUAUCACUGAGGCGUGCCAGUAACACAGCAGCAACACGCGAACGCAGAGAUAACCGGGCCGGUAAAAGUCACUUCCUUGGCACACAUAUUCCACCGGUCUCAUUCUUACCUUUUCCGCUCAAGUGCCUCCCUUGCGGCCGUUGGAAAAAAUAAUGCACAAAUUAGCCUGUCAAAGGGUUGAAAGCGUAUGAAAAAAGUCGCGGCUUGUAGGCCGGAAAUUACGGGAAUCGAAAAAAACAUUAAGCAGUCAGACAGCCGAGGGACUGUUUGCGAGUGCACCCGAAGUUGCUGAAUUGUCGUACAAAUGGGUAUACUAGUGCAUUAAAAUCAAGGACCCAGUGCUGGAAAUCAAGGAUUUUGAAUCGGUGGCUUUCCCUUUUCAUGACACUGUUCUGACAAAUUGGACCACAUGAAUUUCAAGUCCAAAUUCUUUAUGUUGCGCAUUUACUAAAUCCAAUGAUAAGCAAGCAGAUAAAAUAUUAUAUAUUUGUGUCUGUAAAUGAAAGGAACUCACCAUGAUGGAAAAUGCUAACACAGCAAGCGCAUUUGGGAACAUUGUGACUUGUCAAUUCAUACAUUUCCUGUGAAAUAGGCAGCUAAAAAAAAUUUCAUACAAAUAUUUGUGCCUCGUGUUGAUUUUUUGUCACCUUUUUUUUUUCGAUACACCUGACUGCAACCUAUAUGUAUUAUUCCUAAAUUAUUUAGAUGUGGCAGACCACGGAAGAGCGAGUUAGUGUCUAAAAUGGCCGUUAUCAGAAAAAAAUUGUGUAAAUCUAAAAAAAUCAAAUAACUAUCCUGACGUUUAACAGUAAUACACAAUUUUAAAUGCUCACAGAAUUAAAAAAGAAAAAUGUUCAGAAUGUCUAACUUCAAAGUGCAUUUCAUAACAAAUUAAAGAAAAAAAUGUACAAUAUUUCAGUUAUCCAAUUGACAAAAGUUAAACUAGUUUCUUAUAUAAAUUCCUUACACACAGAGUGAGAAUUUUCCUGAUUACAUUAUGAUGAUAUCUUAAAGGUAACAAAAGCCCCAAAUUAACCAUUAUAAUAAAUCAUGAUUUUUUUUUGUCAGUUGCAAUAUGCCUGAACCCAUAUCACAACUGAAUUUCAUUUUUGGAAUUGAGCUGCUGAAAUAUUCAAACUUUUGUAUGAUAUUCAAAUGUAUUGAGACACCUGCAUAUCAAUGAAUUCCCUGUAAAGGAAUGAGAAGUAAUAUUCAUGUUCAACUGAAAUGGAACAUUAAUUAUAUCUCUGUUGAAUGAAGCCACCUGGAUGAGACAUUUCAAAAAAUUUUGUUUCAACAUAUUCUCAAUGUUUUGAUUGGUCCGUUUUUCAAGUGCCAGAACCAUUACACGUUUAUAACCUCCACAUAAAUGUCUUUCUUAAGGAUGCACCGAUAUCACUUUUUUUUCAGUUUCAUUUAAUCUUGUUAUUUGGAUGUAGUAUAUAUUUUAUUUUAUUUUUUCAAACAGUUGUGUAAAACUAUGGUUCCAAAACAGCAACUUCUCUUGAACAUGGAUGCCACAGGUGUCACUCAAGUGCAAAAGAAUUGAUGAGAGCAAUUUAACAAAUCAAAGUUUGAAGUUUGGGCUGAAUGUUUUAAAAGUUCGUGUUUGUGUAAAGUACCUUCAAGUACUACAUACAGUCACGUUUCUCCCUGGAAGGGAUAUGUCAGGCUGAGGCAGUGGUAUCGGUGCAUAUUUACGGGUUCAUGUACAGUAUCGUACAGUAUCUGCACCAAUACAGUAGUCGUGUCCAGUCUUUCUGCGGCAGAUUCAGGAAAUGACGGCCACAGUGGAGAAUGUACAACGUGUGACUUUUUAGUCUCACGCUUUGCUCCCGAUGGAGGACUUUGCAACAAAAUUUUGAUAUACGAUAUAUAUAUUCAGUUUAUGUUUGAGCUGGUAUACGUGGAGGUCCAGCCGGCCUAUUUGUUGUAAAUAAUUUGGAGCGCUGUUCAAUUUUGAGCUGCUUCAUUGAAAGAAAGAAAGGAAGGAAGAAAGAGAGAAAAAAAACAUGUAAAAUGAAGUGAUUUCUUAUUGGUUGUGUUUGUUUGACUUCCUGUUGUAGAACUGGUUGUACAUAACUGCUAUCCACUCACGUUGUUGUACAGACCCCCACCCCCCCAACCCCGCAAAAAAAUGGAAUUAAAGAACUCCACAAAACCUCUGUUGGUUUUGUAUUACAAGUCAAA